AUGAAGCUUCACCUGGAAGAUGCUUACGAUGAGCUGUGUGCCGAGUACAACACCAUGCCGCUAUGGAACUUCCUCGGCUCUCUGCGGAACACGUAUGUUUUGCCAGACGGCGAAGUCUUCAUGGACGCCUCUUCUGUCGAGGGAGAUCACUUCUGCGUCUUCGUCGAGCUUCUUCGCAAACUGCUGCUUCGACCCAUUGUAUUUGUCAAGCCCACUGCCGUGCAUCUUGGCGCAGCUGCAUCGACGCUAAGCCACUCCACUCUCUACAAGCCACAAGAGCGAGACGGUCACGCCUACUACGUCAUGCCGCCUCGUCUACUGCGGAUAAAGCUGCGCCUCUCGCGCAACGCGAAUAACGUAGAUGUGGAGCGCGUAUGCCACCUGAUAGUGGCGCAGAAGGUGUUGGACUGCGUUCCGUCCCCGACAGCGCGCGAUAGCUCCACAGAAGAAAAUGGUCAAGGUACUGGUUCCCUGUCGCAGUUGAACUGGCCGGAGAGGGCAAUCAUCGAAAGCAUUGACUUGCACAGCUGUGUGUUUGUUUCCCUUCCGGGUGGGCGAGCCCUGCGCACAGCCGCGCGGCGCAAUGUGUACCUGCAAAAUGUGUUCCUGGAGGGGUGUAGCGUGAACGCGGCGGUGGUGGCGCACAUAGCGCGAGUGACUCGCAGAAAUCGGGAGCAGUUUCGUCUCGCAUGUGCUUUGUCCUGA